AAUCUACAAGCCUAUUUUCUCUCAGUUACCAAAUGUUGGGUGCUGGAGGUUACCACAGUAUUAUAAAGUGCAAUUUGUUGUAAUGGAUCUAAUGUAUAAUAAUAUGAUUCUGAAAACCGUUUCAUGGAUCGAAUAUGCUCGGAUUUUAAACUUGAGUCAUUUAUGAAGAAGAAUUUUUUAUUACGUCGAACUCGAAGUGCAAUAAAUACAAAUUAUGGAGAUGCAGUCACAUGAUCGAAAAAUGGCGCCCUCCGGUGGUUCGAAGGAACAUCCCGUAAAAUCGGAAAGUAAACAGUCGAUUGUCUCCAAACCAGACGAGCAAUACGUUGUAUAUGCACGAAGAUGGUUCAUUCUUUUAGUUAUUGUCAUUUUGAAUUUAUCAAAUGCUAUGACAUGGAUUACAUUUUCCCCAAUAGCUGACCUCACCAGUACAUAUUAUGAUGUGAAUGCAUUCAAAGUAAAUAUACUAUCCCUCAUCUUCAUGGUGGCAUCUGUCCCUUUUGGUUUCACUGCCUCCUGGGUUCUAGACACUUAUGGACUGCGUACCAGUAUACUAUUGUCAGCCUGGUUGAAUGGCAUUGGAAAUCUUUUGAGAAAUGUGAGUACAUUUGGAGGUAUACCAGGUGACCUAAGGUUUUGGAUCCUGCUGGCGGGACAGACUUUAGCAGCCAUUUCUCAACCUUUUGUGAUGUUUGCACCAACCAAACUGGCGGCUAUGUGGUUUAUGGACUCUCAAAGAGCAACUGCAAACAUGCUGGCCUCCAUGGCUAACCCACUAGGAAUAUUAGCAGCUAACUUGAUAGCACCUGCAAUGGUCAAUGGAUGCAACUCCGAGGAACUUCCCAGAGCUCUCUGGGUAAUAUCCUCGCCAGCAUUUUUGGUAGUUAUCUUGGCUACUUUUGGAGUGUGUUCCUCCGUCCCUCCCACCCCUCCUACAGCCAGUGCAGAGGAGGAUUCAGAACCAUUUAAGGAGGGGCUCAAAAAGAUUGUGAAGAGCAGAAACUACUGGGUGUUGUGUCUUAGUUUUGGCACAGGAUUAGCAGUAUUCUCAGCGGUGACAUCAUUCCUGGACCAAGUCUUGUGUCCAAGAGGUUAUUCUAAUGACUUUGCUGGAUUGUGUGGAGCUCUGAUGAUUGUAGGUGGGGUAGUGGGGGCCAUUGUUGCAGGGAUAUACGUCGACAAAACCAAACGAUUUGAAGAAGUGGUCAAGGUGUCUUAUGCAAUAGCAGUAGUAUUUGGAGUUGGAUUUUUUGAGAUGGCCAGAUAUAAAGAUCAAGAAAUACUUAUAGCAGUGAUGGUGACUGCAUUUGGAACUUUUGCUUUUGCCAUGUAUCCAAUAUCUAUGGAAUUAGCAGUAGAAAUUACCUACCCUGUUGCGGAAGCAACAAGCUCAGGUCUUUUAAUUGUGUCAGGACAAAUCCAGGGGAUCAUUAUUAUUCUGGUGACCCAGUUACUGACCCAGCCUCUUUCUGAUUCCCAGUUAGCUGACUCAGCAUGUGCACAAGGAUCUGGUUGCAGUAGUAGUACAUCAGAUUCCUUCACACCUCAAGACUGGACAGUUCCAGGACUUUUUAUGAAUGCCUUAACUGCGGUAGCUGCUUGUUCUGUGAUUUUAUUUAUGAAGGGAGACUACAAAAGACUGAAGGCAGAAAAACAGUUAAAUGCUCAGCGAGUCUUGAACCAGAGCUUAAGUAAUGUAAUAGAUGUCACCCUGGACGUCCACACGGGGGAAAAUGUGACAUAAGUGUCCACUUGCUUUAUAAUUUCAAAUUUUCAGGAGAAAUAAAUCAGGGAUGAUUUGGAAUAGUGCUAUGUGAUGCAUGAUGAAACUGUGCAGUUACACCAAAAGAUGUAGUUUUUGUGAUCAGAUUAUUUUCUUUGAAUCAAAGGAAUAUGUCAUUUAUAGAAUUUUACCAAUUCUUAUAUCUUUUGUAAUGUUAUCUAGAUAAUUUGUUUUUUUAGUUUGAGAUGUACAUGUGCAUGUGUAUAGUACCAAUUUAAAUUUUGAGACCUUUUUUCGAAAAACAAAUGCUGAUUUACUCAACGUAUAUAAAAGGCUACAUGUGUUGGGGAGGGGGGUGAAUGUUAACUGAUACUUGAAAAAAAGUAGGUUUCUGUACACAGUGUAGACAAGGUCUAUGCGGUAGACAUGUUCGAGAGUAAA